AUGGCAACAGUUGAAUGCAGUGUUCAGAUCCAAGAUGGUGAACAAGAGCAUCAAUCACCAUCACGAUCAAAUGAGGCGAAGCAGAAUAAUCUUCAACUGCUAUCUGAAAAAACUACAGCCAGUAACUGCGAAACUCAACACUCAACGGGAACAGUUUCAUCAAGAGUUGUUCAAUCCAAAAGCGGUAGCAACCAAGCUGCAACUGGCACUGAAGCUGAGAAUGGCCCACUCCUCACCGAAAUUAUCAACGACGAUACCAAUGGCUUUAGGAUUGAUCCAGCAAAUUACUCCCCGUUGCAGAACUCACAGCAACCUGGUCAAUCAGUCUUAGGUCAGUCCCAAAAUAAUCAAUCUCAAGCCAUCGUUGCCAGUGGUUCUCAAAAUGCCCAGGUUAUUUUUGGGUCACAAUAUUUUCUACAACAGCAUCAGUCAGGAGUACCACAGGUUGAACAACAACAGCAGCUCCCAGUCAGCAUCAUCAAUGCUACUCCCAACGGCUCCAGGAUUCAGCCUGCUGGCGAUCUUCAAUCGAUCAAUCUGCAGCGGCCUGCUGAAAUACAAGUUCAGCCUCAAAAUGUGCAAUUUGAAGCAACUGUUGCCAGUGAUUCUGAAAAUGACCAAGUAAUCCAUUCAUCUCAACAUUCUCUACAGCGGCGUCAACCAGAAGUACCUCAGCUCCAGCAGCAAAAGCAAGCCCCAGUUGACAUUAUCAAUACUCCUCCUAACAGCGCCAGUAUCCAAUGUAUAGCUGACCCUCAAUUGAUCAAUAUACAACAACCUGAUCAGUUAUCAGUUCAACCACAAAAUGACCGAUUUCAAACACCUACUUCCAGUGGCUCUCAGAAUGGCCCAGUAAUCCAUUCAUCACACAGUUCUUCACAGCAGCAUAAGCCAGAAACACACCAGCCUCACCAACAACAGCAACCCACAAUCAGCAUUAUCAAUACUAGUUCUGACGUCGCGAGGAUACAAUCUCCAGCUAACCCUCAAUUGAUCAAUAUGCAUCAACCAGUUCAACCUCAAAAUAACCGAUUUCAAGGAACUGUUAUCAGUAACUCCCAGAAUGUCCAAAUGAUCCAUCCGUCACAAACUUCUUCACGACAGCACCAGCCAGUAUUACCUCAGCUUCAGCAGCUUCCAAUGGGCGGUAUUAACGACGCUCCCAACAGCUCUAGGAUCCAACCCACAGGUGACCCUCAAUUGAUUAAUUUGCAACAACCUACUCAGCUGUUUCCAAACAAUGAUAGGCGUGCCGUUGAACACCAACAAAACUUUCAUUAUCACCCUUUGUUGAUGACCAAUCACCACCAACAUUAUCCGUUACUACUGAAUGCAAAUUAUUUUGCUAAUGGUAACCAACGAAAUCUUGAUGAACCGCCUGUAAAUCAAUUUCUAAUAAAUGAGGCCCACCAAGUCUAUGCUGAGGAUGGAAGAGACGUGAAUGAACCUCCGCAUCAAUUUAAUGUACCACAGCAACUGGCAAUGGAUGGAGGGAAUAAUGUUGAUCGACGAAAUGUUAAUCAUCCACUCGUUGCACCGCCAAACAAUUAUUUCCAAUAUGUUGCUGAACGGAACAGGCAGCAAGGUUGA